AUGGAACUGCAUACACUUUAUCCAAGGACACCCCUCAGAGAUGGAGACAUUCGCCUUCUCACUAUCCUCCCCGAUGAAUGGGCGGCUGAUAUCCACUGCAAGAUCAGCGUGGUCUCCCUCAACGAUACCCCAAAGUAUGUUACUCUCUCAUACGUUUGGGGACCACCCUUUCAAGAUGGUACCUUGCGCAUCAACGGCCAUGAACAACGUAUCGGACGCAGCCUAGAGACCUCUCUUCGCUACUAUCGCCGAGCUAGAUGGAGCAUGCCGCUUUGGGCCGAUGCUGUCUGCAUUAAUCAGGCAGAUGUAGCAGAGCGCUCUUCUCAAGUAUCGAUCAUGGAUCGUAUCUACUCGUCUGCUACUACAGUAUUUGUCGUUCUUGGAGCUGGUAUCAAUUUGGAUGCCGACGAUUAUUUCGCAAAAGUGAAAGGGUUGCACAGAUUUCGCUUCAGUGUCUACGGUCAGAAAUAUUUCGAAGCAGUUUCGCCGCCUGCAUGGGACGAAAGCAACCCUAAAAGGGCUCCUGAUGAUGAUCAAAAGAGCUCGAUUCUUUUUUCCUUCCUAGAAAGAGCUGUCAGCUUAAAGAUCAAUGACCAUCUGAGCACUGUGCCACAAUGGGGAGGGACAUUUGAAGGAUCAGAAGAGUCGCAAUAUGCCUGGCAAACGCUGAUCCAAACGUUUGAAGAAUUCACUCAGGAAUCAUGGUGGGAUCGCGUAUGGACCCUACAAGAGAGCGUAGUUGGCUCUUCGCCUAUAUUCAUCUACCGAACGACCGCAGUGCCAUGGGCCAUGAUAAAGGAGGCGACUAUCAGCAUGGGCGCUCAUAUAACCGACUGCUGCGCCUCAUAUUUAGCCAAUGAUGCUCCACCAAGAUAUGCCUCUGCUGUGAAGCUUCUGAUUGCCCACGUUGACAACAUCGAGAAGACACGGCGAAUAUACGCAAAGCUCCGCCAUGGAAUCAAAAGUGAUCAGCUUGUGCUGGCAUCGCUCGUCCCUAAAAAGGAUUUUGAGGGAUCAGUAGCGGUUGAGAUCACCGGGAAUCUUGACUCAUACCUCCUCUACAGAUAUCUCUGCGUGCAUAAUAAACGAGAUGCCACUGAUGCUCGGGAUAAAGUCUAUGCUCUUCUGCCUCUCAUAAAACUUGGGAACAGCCCCUCUUUCAUUUAUCCUGACUAUGGUAAGGGGCUGGAAGAUGUCUACAUCAACACAGCAAGGAUGCUUGUUCAAGAAUCUGGCUCACUUGACAUCUUGUCUGCAGCAGGUCGGUUGCGAAAUGACGAAUUCCCUUCCUGGGUGCCAGACUGGUCUAUCAGGAAUGAGUCUAAUGAUGAUGAAAUUCAGAUAAACGCCUUGUUGAUGUAUGAUGCUGCUUUUGGAACAAAAGCCUCAGUCAGGUUUCCAGAGAACAACAACACACUACUCGAGGUGGAAGGCAUCAUCCUAGACGAUGUCGCAGUUCUUGGUGAUGCGGUCUCAGAAAGGUCUACUGAUGAGGAGAUGUGGCAAACCAUCUUCCACUGGAUGCAACUUGCUCAUAGUCAUUCCCCAAACACGAAAUGGGCGGACUUUUGCAGGGCUAUCUGCACCGACUUGAGCAUAUGGCCCGGAGACCAGGUUUUUCGUCGCCUAGGUCCUCUCACCAAAGAAAUGAUCCAAUCUCUGAUGCCGUGGCGAGACCCAAUCUCUGGGAGACUUACUAGAGAUGUGCCUCCAGAGGAUCUUCUACAAUCAUCAGUGGAACAAAUGAAGACUUGGUUUUCGGUUUGGCACACUCUUAUGGGGUGGCAGGCGCAGCGAGGCAUGAGGUCUGCAGCACCAUCCCCAACGUUGACAGACUCUUUAAAAACCACCACCUUUCUCAAAAGAUUUGUAGUGUCAUCAAAGGGAUAUAUUGGGCUUGUCCCAUAUAAUUCAGAUAAGGGCGAUCACAUCGUUUUCUUCAAGGGUUGUCAUUUUCCGUGCGCAGCGCGACUGGUUCCUAGGUUAGAUGAGAAGAUGAAACGGCUCAAGGUGGUUGGAGCCUGUUACAUUGACGGUUUUAUGGAUGGAAAGAUCAAUGCCCAUAUAACAGAGAGAGGAACUGGUGCUCACAGUGACUGGGAGACUAUGACUUUAUGCUGA